GGUUCUCGCGAGAGAGCGCGCGAAGCCUGCCGGGAAGACUGGGAAAGAGCCCGUAGGUUUGCCCAAGAUGGCCGCCCUGGAGGAGGAGUUCACGUUGUCGGCGGUGCACCUGGGCGCCGGGCCUGACGGGCUCCUGGGCGUGGAGCCGAGCGACCGAGCGGACCAGUUUCUAGUGACGGACGGCGGCAGGAGCGUCGUCCUGUAUAAGGUUUCAGACCAGAAGCCCCUAGGGAGCUGGUCAGUAAAACAAGGUCAGAUUAUAACUUGUCCAGCUGUUUGUAACUUUCAGACCGGAGAGUAUAUUGUUGUUCAUGAUAAUAAGGUUUUGAGGAUAUGGAAUAAUGAAGAUGGAGACCUGGGCAAAGUAUUUAAAGCAACGCUGUCUGCCGAGGUGUACAGGAUAUAUUCAACACAAGGGACAGAACCCAUAGUUCUGUUCAAGGAAGGCGCCGUCCGUGGAUUAGAGGCUUUGCUGGCAGAACCGCAGCAGAAAAUUGAAAGUGUUAUCUCUGAGGAAGAAGUGAUUAGGUGGACAAAGAUUUUCAUGAUACUUAGGCAUCCUAUUUUACUUUUUAUUACUGAAAAACAUGAAACUUACUUUGCAUAUGUGCAGACGGUUCACUCACAUACCUUAAGCAAAUACACACUUGUACUUGGAGAAGAGAAAGCUCUCAUACAAAGUUUUACUGCAUCUAUGGAUCGAAAAUUAAUCUCUUUGAUAACAUUAUGCUCUGAUGGCUCUGUAUAUGAAGCCUUGAUACCAACACAUCCGAGUGACCCAGAAAAAACUCAGAGGGUGGUUAGAUCGCUGUUGCUUAAGGGCAUAGUGUCUGGUAAUGCUCGAAAUGGCGCUGCAGUCGCCACCCUGGACCAAGACCAUGUAGCGGUACUGGGACCAGCACCGGAGGCUUCUAAAGAAUGCCUCUCCAUAUGGAACACAAAAUUUCAAACAUUACAGACUUCAAAAGAGUUACCACAAGGCACCAGUGGUCAGCUCUGGUAUUAUGGGGAAAUUCUGUUUAUGCUACAUGGAAAAUUUCUCACUGUGAUUCCAUAUAAGUGUGAAGUAUCAUCAUUAGCAGGUGCUCUUGGAAAGCUCAAGCACAAUCAAGAUCAAGGCACUCAAGCUGUGACUCGUUUUGUAAGCUGGGAAACAUCUCAAGAAUGUUUCCAGAACUCUGAGCAAUCAAAGAGAAUUUUAAGAAGAAGAAAAUCUGAAAUGAGUAUACAGCCAGAGGCUCCCGCAUCAAAACAACUUUUAUCAUCCAUAAAGAAAGACUCAGAAAAACACAUUGAAGUAGAGCUACGUAAAUUCUUGGCUACGAAAAGGACACCUGGCUGUCAUGCUGUCAUUGGAGACAUCGUAACAGGGCUUCUGGGAAGGAGUAAAGCAGAGCCAUUGUUUUAUCCCCGGAACUGUCUAGCGCAGCUUAUCCAAACGUGCGCGCUUUCUUACAGCUUGUGCCCUGGGUUAAUGGAAGUUGCCUUGGAAAAGAAAGAUGUGCAGAUAUUACAGCUCUGUCUGCAACAUUUCCCCGACAUUCCUGAAUCAGCCACCUGUGCUUGCUUGAAACUGUUCUUAAGCAUCAGUGAUAGCAGCCUUAAGGAAGCAGAUGUCCACAUGGAGUCAGUUUCUGCCUCUAGUGAUGGCGCACCUGAAGAGAGGAUGGAGCAGCAGCCUGGAGCUGUUGAGAACGGCUCCAGUCCUGCAGAAGCUGACUGUGCUGCAGCAGCCAAUGGGAGACCUCCGGGCACGAGGGAGGAAUCAGCCUCAAGCCCCGUGCUGCCAAAAAGAGCAGCGCUCCUAAAUGCAGUUCUCCAUUCAGCAUACAGUGAGACAUUUCUCGUGCCUCAUUUAAAAGACAUCCCAGCACAACAUGUCACUCUUUUUCUCCGAUAUUUAUAUUUUCUUUAUUUGAAAUGUAAUGAAAAUGCUACUAUGACUCUUCCUGGAAUACAUCCUCCAACCCUGAACCAGAUUAUGGACUGGAUAUGCCUUCUUCUGGAUGCUAACUUUACUGUUGUGGUAAUGAUACCAGAAGCAAAAAGACUGUUGUUAAGUCUUUACAAGUUUGUGAAAUCCCAGAUAAGCAUUUGUUCCGAGCUCAACAAGAUCGAAAUAAGUUUUCGAGAACUACAGAAAUUAAAUCAAGAAAAGAAUAAUAGAGGAUUGUAUUCAAUUGAAGUGCUAGAACUCUUCUGAUAAUGCCAGUUGGUUCCAGUUCCUGCUCAGAGAGGCUUUACGAAGCUCUUCUGUGUGAGUUCUUCCCGCCUGCUAACAGGACUGGCACCAUCAUCUGUGGGCACUCCUGCAUCAGACUCCAGCUUUCAUGUGGUCCUGAUCGACUUUGUGAACGUUGAUGAGAAUGCGUUCUGGAACUUUUUAAAAAUGUCACAGAGCUGAUUUUUAAGUAAACUUAAAAAUUUAAGUAUUGAUGAGUGAUUUUUUUAUGUGCUCUGGAAAGCUUUUAAUUAAAAAAAAAAAAACUCCAUUGAAACAGUGA